AUGACUUCAUGGUCGUGCUCUGUAGGUUGUCUGCUUGCUGCAGAAAAUCUUCGCUGCGUUCCUUUGAACCUCACUCAAAUUCAAGUCCUUACCAUACCCCCUUUCAUCGAGCUCUUUUUCUGCGUGUUUUGGAUUUAUAUGACCUGGAGAUCGAGCAGUGCGCACCUAUUGCUGGCCGCAGAAGGAGUUUUGUAUUUUAUCUUGGCGCUGGUCGACCUUUUAUCGCAUGCAAUACCCGCUGCGCGGAAUUCAGUUACCAUUUCUAAAGUGGCCGAACUAUUCCUUGGAUCUGUCUCUUUUGUUCCUAUGCUAUUAUACACUUCAUAUCUAGUCUGGCUGAGUCGCAGGGAAUUCAUCCCCUACCUCCCUCGCCGCCACCAACCUGUAGCUAAAUAUCUAUUCAUUGGUCUUAUCCCUGUGGUUGCAGUAUCAAAUUUUGCGGCAUCGCUCGGAAUGUCUAUCCAGAACUUAUCUUUCCCGCACGCUCCGCUCAUGAUCGACUUCGACAACAAGAGCGAAUCGCUAUGGCUGAGUCUCGGCGAGCUGUCACUCGCACUGUAUACAAAUUAUCAAUGUCUAGCAGCCUUUCUCGCGUCGUACCGGCUCUUCGCAGCCCUUUUCGAUCAACGGCGCAUCGACAUUAAUAAUACCGACGAACGCCAUUUUUUCAACGGCACUGGAUGGAUCGCUUUCGGCAUCAAAGUAGGAGCUGUUGAAGGCAUCGUUGGAUUCGCAGCGGGUGGCUUUGCUGUUCCGCUUUCCAGAAGAAUCCUACGACUGAUCGCCAGGGUUUGCAUGAUUAUUGGCAGUUUGAAGGGAAUGGACGAAAAUGAAAACUUUGAGUUCCUCAACAAGGAACUGGUCUUGUGGCGUCGUGGCAAACCUUUAUCGACCUCCCACUCGCUCAUAGCCAAUCGACGCAUGACCAUACAGCCCUCACAAGUCUCAGACCUGCAUCAUGAGUCCUCUCCGAUUGAAAAGGAUGCGGAAAGGGGCAAGGAAGAUCGAGAUGUAACAAUGCACGAUGAAGUUGGCGAGCCGCCGGUCUUGCACAUACGCCUUUCUACACUCCCUCCUCCCGAACGGGCUAUCCAUGCAGAUGAAUCGCGGAGGCAAUCUGGCCAGAACACAUCUACAGAAGUGCUUGCAUCCCGCACUGAUGCCAGCCCCUCAAAGAGCAACACUCAGCGCCAGUCUGCGCAGACCAUCUUCGACGAUAUGAGUGUUGUCCUUGAGCUGACCCCUGACUUCCCCCCCGGUGUUACUGGCAAGUACCCUGGGCUCAUGCUCAGUCAAGGACACGAGGAUGACAAAUUCGAGCCCCCAGUUCUUGACCAGAAGAACAUGCGUCGUAAUGCUGCACACGAGUUCAUGGAAUACAAACCCAUACUUUCGCCUAUAUCCAUUCCGCAGUCCGUGCAUGCGCGCGUGGCAGGACCCGUGUUACCAUGUACAAGACUCGCAUCACAACACGGCGGCAAUUAUCCAGUCCAGUUUCCCGCAACACCCACACGGGCAGUAAUCACUGUUUAUUCCCCAACUGCCCAACUAGAAGGCGAGAGCUGUGACUCACUGAAACGCUGCCACAGACAGCUAUCAUCCUUUCACUCGCCUGAGCGUGCGAGCAAAGCCCGCAGUGAUGUCACUGCGCAUUCUUCACAGUGGUCAACCAUUGCACGUUCCCAAUCGCUUGCGAGUAUCAGGAUGUAUGGUGGUGGUUCGGUAAUCAGUCCACGACGCGCUGCUGCCGAUCCUGGCGAUUCGAAUUCCCUGUCGAGUGCAAAAACCUUCCGCGACAGUAGGCAGCAGAUUGCCAUUGAUCAGGAGCAUAUUACGUCCGCGGAUGCUGCCAUACAAGAGUUCGAGAUCCGGGCAGCGUUCAACCGAGAGAAAGCUUUGCGGAGACUGAACGGGGAAGUAGGUGUAUGAAAUCUGAGACAGUCAAAGAGAGAAGACAGUCAAGGAGCGAAGACAGUGUUUGACCAGGUGGUGACUGCAUUCCGCACCGCAACAGGACAACAAUUGGACUCAAAAAAUAAAAAUAAAAAAACUACCUUCGGUAUCGAAUAGCUUUGCUGUAUUACUACCCCUCCGUAACAAUGUCUCAUCGCUGUAUUGAUAGAAAUAGCUGUUUAUGAGUAGAAUGGGUAAAAGGCAGAAGCCAGCAUCAUUGGACGAGACUGCGAGUACAAGAAUCAUGCAGCGCAGUAAUAGCUAGUU